GCUUUGAAAAUGGCUCAUGCUGGAAUUUCGCUUUCAGAUCAGGAAGCCUCUGUGGCUUCGCCCUUCACCUCCCAAAUCCCCAACAUUGAGUGUGUGCCAGAACUGAUACGGGAAGGCCGUGCCGCCCUGGUGUCUUCCUUUGCCGUCUUCAAAUUCUUGACCAUUUAUGGCCUAUCACAGUUCAUCGGUACAGCUCUGCUUUAUUGGCAAAUACAGCUCUUUGGGAAUUACCAGUAUCUUAUCCAAGAUGUCUGCAUCACCCUUGUUGUCUGCCUAACAAUGAGCUUGACGGAAGCCUAUCCCAAACUGGCCCCCUACCGACCUCCAGGCCGCCUCCUUUCCCCACCUCUGCUGCUCUCCAUCACCCUCAACGUCUGCUUCACCCUCGCUGCCCAGGUCUUUGCCUUCCUCUUUGUGAAGCAGCAACCUUGGUACUCCCAGCUGCGCAGCCACAG